AUUUUAUGUAUUUUUAGAAAAUUGCGAUUUGCGGAAAUCUAACAAUCGGGAAUUCAUUCAUGUAAUUUUCGACUCGACGAGAAAAAAUGAAAACAAAUUCCAUUACAUCCUUUAUGAAUGGAACCUUACACGCGGUUAACAAUUGUUUGUUUUCAAAACAAUUUUGGCCAGCUUUUUGCGUUCUUGUUUUUGAAUUUAAUCGAAAUUCAUUCAUUUAACAUGGAAGUUGAUGAACAGAUCGAAAUCAAAGAUGAUUCGGCUAAUGAUACAAAUAUAAAUGCAGAAAAAAUAGAUAAAAAACAACCGAUUUGUGUCAUCAUUCUGGGUAUGGCUGGCAGUGGUAAAUCAUCAUUAUGUACGAAAUUGGUUCAGCAUUUAUUCGGCAAGAAUCGACCACCAUAUGUGAUAAAUUGUGAUCCAGCAUGUCUACGAGUGGAUUAUCCUUGUAAUAUCGAUAUUCGUGAUUCAAUACAUUAUAAAAAUGUUAUGGAAAAAUAUCGUCUUGGACCUAAUGGAUCGAUUAUAACUUCAUUAAAUUUAUUUGUCACACGAUUCGAUCAGGUAUUGGAUCUGGUUGAUAAACGUAAAGAAUCCUAUAGCUAUGUUUUGCUUGACACACCUGGUCAGGUAGAAGUAUUCACAUGGUCAGCAUCUGGUUCAAUUAUAACCGAAGCAUUAGCAUCAAAAUAUCCGACAGUAAUUUUAUUCGUGAUCGAUACUGUAAGAAGCCAUAAUCCAACAACAUUCAUGUCAAAUAUGCUAUAUGCUUGUUCAAUAAUGUAUAAAUAUAAAUUACCAAUUAUUGUUGCUUUGAAUAAAACCGAUAUUAUUGAUCAUCAAUUUGCAAUGGAAUGGAUGCAAAAUUCCGAAAUAUUUGAAACGGCAAUCAAUGAAGAUCCAACAUAUAUGGCUUGUUUGAAUCAAUCAUUAGUAUCAGCAUUAGAUAUAUUCUAUCAAGAUCUUUCUGUCAUAGGAAUAUCAUCGAAAACCGGUACAGGUUUUGAUCAAUUAAUCGAUGCCAUCGAUAAUGCACGAAUUGAUUAUGAACAAAAUUAUCGUCCCGAAUUAGAUCGACAACAACAGCCACAAUCAUCAUCAACAUCAACAACAAUGGAAGAAUUGGAACAAAAAACGAAUCAAAUAUCAUUAAAAGAUCAAGAACAAGACACCGGAACUAGUAACAACAACAAACAAGCUACCACUACUACUGGUAAUGAUGAUUUAAUUACAUUCGGAAAGCGCAGAAUAAAUAUGGAUUUGUAAUACAAUACAAUACAAUAUACAAUAUGAUAAUAAAGUCAUCACAACCUACACACAAACAGACUAU